AGUAAUAUUUUGACUUUAUUCUAGCAAUAUUGUGACUUUAUUCUAUUAACAUUUUGACUUCAUUGUCAUAAAUGUACGACUUCGCAAUUGUUUCUCAAUGUGGCCCCUAACAUUCCGUCUUAAGGAACAGAUGUGGUAAAUGAGAAUAUAUAUAUUUUAUUUGUUUUCGAUUAAAUUAUAUUAAACAAUGUUCCGUGUGUACGUGUAUGUGUGUGAGUGUGUGAGUGAGCGUGAGCGUGCGCGUGCCAAUUAACUCUUGGUUUAUUCAUGUUCCCGCGGCUCAGGAGGAGCUAGCCGUUAGCUCGUCGUUAGCUCGCUGCUACCUGUUGUGUCCCGCGGAGCGGAAGCCGAAGCCCGUGAGGAGUCACACAAGAAAAAAAUGCGUAACGUGAAACGAACCGCGUUCAUGGAGACAUUUGACAAAUAAUAGGGUUUUUUUUCUUCCUUUGGCACAAUUUUUAUGACCCACACAAAAUCCGAUUAUUAUUAUUUUUCUCUCCGCCCUCGGCCCCUGGAGCCACAGCGCCCGAACAAGAGCACCGGAGCACCGUUUGCGGAUGUGAAGGAUGAGGAGGGGGGCUACGGGGGGACUAGCUAACCUGCUAACCUGCUAACAGACUGUCUUUUUAUCGGGAAUACUCCGCAGGCUCGACUUGGACGCAGCAGACCACACCCGAAGGGCUGAGAAUAAAGGGGAAAGUAUGGGGAUCUCCCCGGCUCUUGCCACUCGGGUCUGAUUGUCCUCCUCUGCUCAAAGCCCUCGGCCCCUUCACCCGACCAGUUCCUGUUUGUCACUGCCACUUGCUGAGAUGGAUUGGGCCACACCGGCAGCCAAGCUGAACCCCUACACCAGAGCCCGAAUGACGGAGGCCUGGCAGCAGCACGCCGUUGCUCCGCCGCAGGUCGUCCACACCAUCCCUCCAGGAGCCGAGAGCGCGCUGGGCUGUGCUGUGUACGGUAUCGUGCUGCAGCCGGAUGCUACGUCGCUGCAGCAGCAGCAGACCCAGCACGGGCAGCACAGCCAGCAACAUGGCGGGGGUCAGCCGCACGGAGGCGGGCAGCACGGUCAGCAGCAGCAGCACGCCGCCCAGGCCCAACAGACCUCCCUACAAGUGGCCGCAGAGGGAGGACACAAGUGUGGGGCGUGCGGACACGACAUCUCCCACCUGGCAAACCCGCACGAGCACCAGUGCAUGGUGAGUCAGGACCGGUCGUUUCAGUGCACCCAGUGUAUGAAGAUCUUCCACCAGGCGACGGACUUGCUCGAGCACCAGUGCGUGCAGGUGGAGCAGAAGCCGUUUGUGUGCGGAGUGUGUAAGAUGGGAUUCUCCCUGCUCACGUCUCUGGCGCAGCACCACUCGUCGCAUAACAGCACCAACCCGAUGAAGUGCUCGAUCUGUGAGAAGACCUACCGACCUGGCUCCGGCAACGUCACGCCGAACUCCAACAAACCCCAGCAGCCCAGCAGCGACGGAGCGUCGGCCAGCGGCAGCAGCAGCUCCUCCAUCCUACCGUUCCCCUCGGCCCGGGAUCGACCGUACAAGUGCCCCGUCUGCCAGAAGGGCUUCAAGCACCUGUCGGAGCUCACACGGCACGAGCGGGUGCACACAGGAGAGAAGCCCUUCAAAUGCGACACGUGCGACAAGGCCUUCAGCCAGUCGUCGCACCUGCAGCACCACCAGCGGACGCACAGCAACGAGCGGCCAUUCAAGUGUGCCGUGUGCGAGAAGAGCUUCAAGCACCGCUCGCACCUCGUGCGCCACAUGUACGUGCACUCGGGCGAGCACUUGUUCAAGUGCAACCUGUGUGAGCUGCACUUCAAGGAGUCGUCGGAGCUCCUGCACCACCCCUGCCACCCGCAGGGCUCCCGCCCCUUUCGCUGUGCCACGUGCGGGAAGGGCUUUAAGCGCCCGUCCGACCUCCGCCAGCACGAGCGCGCGCACUCCGAGGAGCGUCCGUUCCACUGUGACGAGUGUCAGAUGAGCUUCAAGCAGCAGUACGCGCUCGUGCGCCACAGACGCACGCACAAGGACCCGACCGUCCGGCCGUUCAAAUGCAACCUGUGCGACAAGGGCUUCAUGCAGCCCUCCCACCUCCUCUACCACCAGCACGUCCACGGCAUGGACAACCUGUUCAAGUGCGCCUCGUGCCAGAAGGAGUUCAGCCAGUCAGGGGAGCUUCUCCGGCACAAGUGCGGCGAGUCGUCCAACUCGUCGCCGGACAAGCCGUACAAGUGUGACGUCUGCGGCAAGGGCUACAAGAAGAGCUCCACGCUGCAGCGCCACCAGAAUUCCCACUGCCAGGAGAAGCCACUCAAGUGCUCGCUGUGCGACCGCCGCUUCCUGUCCUCCUCCGAGUUCGUGCAGCACCGCUGCGACCCGUCGCGGGAGAAGCCGCUCAAGUGCCCGGAGUGUGAGAAGCGCUUCAAGUACUCGUCGGACCUGAACCGGCACCGGCGGGUGCACACGGGGGAGAAACCGUACAGCUGUGACCACUGCAACAAGGGCUUCAAGCAGCGCGAGCACCUCACCAAACACUCCAGUACGCACUCCAGAGAGGGCCAGUUCAAGUGCGUCUGGUGCGGCGAGCGCUUCAGUGACUUGGGCUCUCUGCAGGACCACACGGUGCAGCACACGGCCGAAGGGGGUUAUCCUGUGCCCCAGUGCUUAUAAACCCCCUGAACAGACAGUUCCCUCUUUUCUAAACCAUGUAGGCUUUUUAUUCAGCCUAACAUUCAUGUGCAUUUUUAGGAUUUUGCUAUUGCGUUCAUUCCCACCAGUUCCACGUCAGGUUUUUGUUGCUCUGCUUACCUGCCCUGACCCAGAUGCUACUCCAACCCCAUCAUUCCGUAAACUCACGAGGAGCGAGGAGUCUUGUCCCCCGCCCCCCCCCCCCCCCCUUUUUUUUUUCAGUGCCACACUCAGCUUAUAGAAUUAAAGGGGCAGUAAGCGAUUCUAGAGCAAUACAUGUUUUUUUUCAAUAAUCCAAAAAAAGAAAUGCGGACCGCACCAAACAACGCUGCCUGUCAACACAUCAAGAGACGUAGCGGCAUUGAAACACUGCGGUUUUGGCCUAGUGGUUAGCGUGUUGGUCUCCCGUACCCAAGUUUUGCAGGUACGCGUCCCGGGCCGAGCUGUAAAAUCACAACAACAAAUAUCACUUCCUGGCCCUUUAACUCCCGUCAGUCUCUCUCUUGACUGCAGACCGAUUUCGAUCUGCUGUGGACGGAAGCAGGUGCCAGAACACAGGAUUAUUAUCCAGCAACAUAUUUUAAAUCCUCCCUAAUUUCUUCCAAAAAUCGGAAAAACAAUCCUUAAAAAAAAAAGAAGUCUGUUAUUUGAAUGGAUCAAAUGAGUUCAGUCUCUGCAUAAACCGACCGACAAGAAAAGUAAAGGGGGUGGUUUCCCUUGUUGUUUCUUUCACCAUCCCUCCAUCUCUUUCUUCCUCAGUUUUCUCCCGUCGUCAGUUUUCCCUCCUUUUUUUUAAAAUUUUGCUUCCCGUCUUCAGCCUGUGGCUGUUCGUCUAAACGCCCUCGGACUCACGUGCACUCACAUUCAUUUGUCGUCAAGCCAGGGUGAAGGGCGACUCGGAUGGACCGCUUCUGUUUUGUACCGCUUUCGCUCAGUAAAAACAAAACCUCAUAGCUGGUUUUCAGAAUUUUUUUUUUUUUUUGGAGUAGCCGUUGAUGUCUUCAACAAAUGUGAAGGGGGAGUAGUAGUUUGUGGAUUAUUCGUCCUAUAGUGAAGUGCAUUCUGAUGAUAAAAUGUCUGUGAGUGUGUAUGUGUGUGGGCCACCGUUAAUUUUUUUUGUUUUUUGGCCCAUUUGUGCUCCAACCAAAACACCAGUUUAAAUCCGCAUCCUGAACCCGCUGCCGUUUGCAGACGAACCAUUUGAAAUUUACUAUCAUCUAAACCAACUAAUGGUUGAUACCAAUCUCAACCCUCCAGUACAGACACACACAUAUAAUUAUAUAUAUAUAUAUAUAUAUAUAUAGAAAUAUAUAUUUGUCACAGAUAUUCCUGCAGAGGUCAAUGCUUUCAGACUGAACGUGUUCCUCUCUCUCUCAGCCUGUACAUACAUACGGUGGAUGUGAGUGUUCUUAGCCAGAUGAGACUUGUCUUUCUUAAAAAAAAAAUGAAGAAAAAAAAUGUAUUGAACAGUUUUUUUUGUAUUUCUUGCUACUUUUUACCUUGUGAAAUGUUUUUUGACAAAUGCUCUUUUUUGUUUUUCUUUUUUUGUCGUUCAUGUUUAGUGAUUAUGUCGGUGUCACAGGGAAUCUCAAAGAGCCCCGCUGUGUGUGUGUGUGUGUGUGUGUGUGUGUGUGUGUGUGUGUGUGUGUGUGUGUGUGUGUGUGUGUGUGUGUGUGUGUGUGUGUGUGUGUGUGUGUGUGUGUGUGUGUGUGUGUGUGUGUGUGUGUGUGUGUGUGUGUGUGUGUGUGUGUGUGUGUAAAAUGGUGUCAAACGGAUAUUCAGACUGAAGAGAAAUGUAUAAGAAAUGUUUCAACAGACCUGCGCCUUUCUUUUCAUUAUUAUUAUUAUUUACUAACCUUCCUGGUCUGUCAAAGAGCCGUUCUCCGUGCAGGAUUGAACCUUUCGUGUUGAAAACUUACCAUGUUUUUUUUGAAAGAAAUAUUGAUACCGUUACGUGUUGCGUUGAGCUCGACUGCGGUGUGUUUUUUCAGGGUGGGGGGUUUAUACCGAUGUGAAUAAUGCCGCCUUCCUUCCUUCCUCCUUACAAUGCUACGAGAUUCUUGAGCCCUGAGAUCGUCUUACGUCUUCUCUGUCCGUCUCCUCUCUCUCUCGCCUUCCUCCCGUUCACUGUCCAUUCAAGGUUCGAGUGCAGUAUUUGCAGUAUUUGAAAAGUGUUUUAAUACAAAUGGAGGAAGAAGUGAUAUUUUAAUUUGUAAUACUGGCUUUUUCAUUUUUGUUUUUUUCAUUUAAUUUUUGAUUCUUUUAAAUUUAUUUUUGAAUCUGGCAUUAUAAGACAUUUUAGAACAACUUUGACUGAAGUUCAAAAAAAAAAGUACUGUAUUUUUUUCCGAUUUUGUUUAUAUGAUUUAAAAAAAAAAUCUUUGAAUUAAUAUGAAUAUCUAUAUAUUCUUGGACAGAGAGACCAGGGGCUUGGGAUAAAGAUGGCUGAAUUAUACAUUUUUUUUAAACAUAUUUUCCAGAUUUUGUAUGAGUCCAAAACACAUAUAUUUCAUAUUUGCCAAGAGUGCUCCAGGACGUUGAUUCAUCAGCUGGUGCUGAAACAUCAUCAGAUGUAAAAAUAGAUAAAGACAAGGUGCACGACCAGUUGUAGUUUUUUGGGCUGACAGUAUCGUAGACUUGAUAUGUAUAAUAUUAAUAAUACAGUUGUUCGUUCAAAGCCAAAGAAUAAUAAUUCCCGCCCCGGCAGCACGAGUUCUGUAGUAGUUGGUGUUUUGUGAGGGCGUUCGUCCUGCAGGUGUACUCGUAGUAACGGACCUGUCGGAGGAACGCAGCAAGGAUUACUGCAAAGUACAGUAUCGGAGAGCUGCACACAUCACAUCGUAAAAAAAAAUUGAAAUCCCAUAUCCAGCAGCCAGCAGAAGGAAACUCUCCACUAUAAGCACAAGUGAAAUUAGUCGACCCCGUCUGCAUUUGAACAUGCUGGUUUUCAACAGUUCAGGUUCAGGUCAGUUUUUACCCAGCAGCCCCUUCUCCCUCCUCCUUCUCCUCAGUCGUCCUGGUGAACGAACUCAUCAGACCCUGGUGUCUCUCGCGCUCUGCAUGCUUGCUGUGUUAGUUCCUGUGUUCUGUCCCCCUGGGAACUGGUGCCCACCUCCCUCCAAUAGCACUGUUCCUUUCUAUAGCUUUUUAAAAUUGUACUGUAGUUUAUGUGACUGACGUUGGGGUGGAGGGGGUUGAAAAAAGAAAAGAAAAAAAACCUUGUGACAAUGUACAGUAUGUGUACAUUCAUGCUAAGAUGAUCUGUAUGUAUGUAGCAUUCAAUUACACAGCACUAACAAAUAAAACCCUUUUUUCAUUUAUAAAUCUA